CACAAGCGAGGAGACAGGAGGAGCAUUUCGUCUGGAACUACCCUCUGCGCUGACUCCCCAUUGUACCAACUUAACCGCGCGAAUAACUGAUUUAACUUGCUAACGCACAUUAAGACAAAUACAUAUUUUAUUCAGAUAGCUAUCUUUUUACUGCCUCGGCUCGUGUGGACGUUUAGCCAGCCGCAUAACGAACCAUGGCGGAGCGAAGUGGCCGGCUGAGCUUUGGUGGAGGUGCUCUCAAUAGACCCGUGCCUAUGAACCUGUUCGCCACAUGGGAAAUAGAUGGAUCUUCCCCGAGUUGCAUCCCGAGGUUGUGCAGUCUGACUCUGAAGAAGUUGGUGGUUCUGAGGGAGCUGGACAAGGAGCUCAUCUCUGUGGUCAUCGCCGUCAAGAUCCAGGGCUCCAAGAGGAUCCUGAGGUCCCACGAGAUAGUGCUGCCCCCUAGUGGCUCGGUGGAGACUGACCUAGCUCUCACCUUCUCACUGCAGUACCCUCACUUCCUGAAGAGAGAGGGCAACAAGCUCCAGAUCCUGCUGCAGAGGAGGAAGAGAUACAAGAACAGGACUAUCCUGGGAUACAAGACCCUGGCUGUAGGAACCAUCGAUAUGGCUGAGGUGAUGCAGCAGCCAACGGAGGGGAGCCAAGUUCUGUCUCUGUGCAGUAACCAGAAGGAGAUGCUGGGUAAAGUAGCAGAGAUCUGGAUCUUCUCUCUGUCCAGUCAGCCCAUAGACCACGAGGAGGCCGCUCUGCAGGAGGGAACCAAGAUCAAAUGCUCAGAUAACUAUUCGGAGGAGGAAUAUGAGAGUUUCUCUUCAGAGCAGGAGGCCAGUGACGACGCUGUCCAGGGUCAGGACCUUGAGGAUGAUGAGUAUGAUGUGAGGAAGCCUAAGAAGCAGAGGAGGUCCAUCGUAAGAACUGCUUCAAUCACCAGGCAGCAGAACUUUAAACAGAGAGUGGUGGCCCUGCUGAAGAGGUUCAGAGUCUCAGACGAGGUCUUGGACUCAGAGCAGGACCCGGCUGAGCCCCCUCCAGAGGUGGAGGAGGAUCUGGACCUAGAGAGUCUGGAGUUUGAGAACCCCAGUGACAGUGGACCAGAACUUGACGAUGACGACAGUGUCCUCAGCACCCCCAAACCCAAACUCAAGCCAUAUUUCGAGGGUCUCUCCCUCUCCAGUUCUCAGACAGAGAUCGGCAGCAUCCACAGAGAGCCACCCAGUCCGAUGGAUCCAGGCCAGACUAAAAGUAGCGGAGCCACGUUCCAGGUUGACAGCGUCUCAGAUAAUGGCUCAUUUCAAGAGGAGCAACCAGAGGCAGUAACCCCCACUACGGAGUUGGAGAUGGACAACAUGGACACCUUCUUGGAGAAGCUGCCCCCUACUGGCAAGAUGAAGAAGACAGAGUCCCUCAUCAUCCCGUCCAACAGAUGGCAGGAACCUAAGAUGGUGGGGAGGAGAGGGAGGAGUACGUCCCUAAAGGAGCGCCAGCCCAACAGACCACAGAAUGAGAGAGCCAACAGCCUGGACAACGAACGCUCCCUCGACACACACUGCCAUCUACAGAUCCCCAGGAAGACCGUGUACGACCAGCUGAACCACAUCCUGGUGUCUGACCACCAUCUACCUGACAGCAUCAUCCUCAUCAACACAUCUGAUUGGCAGGGCCAGUAUCUGUCAGAUGUUCUCCAGAACCACCACCUCCCAGUGGUGUGCACCUGCACUACAGCAGACAUCCAGGCUGCCUUCAACACCAUCGUCUCGCGCAUACAGAGAUUUUGUAACUGUAACAGCCAGACGCCCAUCCCCAUAAAGAUAGCGGUGGCUGGGGCUCAACACUACCUCGGUGCAGUCCUCAGGCUGUUCGUAGACCACCUGUCUUACAAGACCCCCGACUGGCUGGGCUACAUGAGGUUCCUCAUCAUACCGCUUGGAUCCCACCCAGUCUCCAAAUACCUGGGUACCAUCGACUAUCGAUACAACAGUUUAUUCCAGGAUACUGCGUGGAGGGACCUCUUUCACAAGCCAGAAGCUCCAGUCAUGGUGCAGGAGACUCCAGACGUGGUUUCCAGGGUAACCCAGUAUAUGGUCGGGGCCAGCGGCGCUCACCAACUCCCCAUCGCUGAGGCCAUGCUCACAUACAAACAGAAGAGCCCAAAUGAGGACUCUUGUCAGAGGUUCAUCCCGUUCAUCGGGAUGGUGAACGUUGGAAUGGUGGAACAGUCAUCAGCGACAUCAGGUGACUCGGACGAUGCAGCUCCCAUGGCGACGGCCCUCCUCUCCUCCACCCCUCCUCAGGUGUCCCCCGCCCUGAAGGAAGCCUCGCCCACCCCUCCUUCCUCCCCCUCUGUCCACAGCUCAUACAGUUCUCCCCAGGGGGAGCUGAUGGGACUACAGGUUGACUACUGGGUGGCUCCCUGCCCGGCUGACAGGAAGAGGGACGUGGAGAAGAGGGACUCUUCCUCCUCCUCCUCCUCCUCUAAGAACACUCUGAAGUGUACGUUUCGCUCGCUCCAGGUCGGCAGGCUCCCCCAGGCCGGGGCCCAGCCGCAGACCACCAUGUCCAUGACCGUCGUCAUGAAGGAGAAGAACAAGAAGGUCAUGUUCCUGCCAAAGAAGACUAAAGACAAGGACAUGGAGUCCAAGAGCCAGGUCAUCGAGGGCAUCAGUCGACUGAUCUGCACAGCCAAGCACCAGCAGACCAUGCUGAGGGUGCUGAUUGAUGGAGUGGAGUGGAAUGAUGUCAAGUUUUUCCAGUUGGCAGCACAGUGGUCGUCACACGUCAAACAUUUCCCCAUCGGGAUCUUUGGACACACUAAAGGCCCUUAUUAACAAGCCACGCAUUUUCGACUGGUCCCAGAUCUGUCUGUGCUCUUUCCAACUCCUAUGGUCAUUGUCAAGCCAAACGUUGGCAAGGCAGCACAAACAGAUCUGGGACCAGGCUACGCACCCCGCUGUCUUAAUUUAAGCCCCAGCUUUACCUAUUGUUUAAGUUCAUACUUCUUUUGUGUUUUCUUCUUGUUGUUGUUUUUAUAUAUUAUAAAACUUCUCAAGGCAAGGCUGUCGCAAGGAGAUUUAGUUCUCACCAAGCUUUUUAAACCCUGCUGAUGUUUUAUAGACUUUUGAAGAAGGAAAAAGAUGAGCGGAAACCUAAAUGAAAUAAUUGUUUGGAAAAUGAACGACUUAACUCUUAACUAGCGAUGCGCAAACCUUCGGCACGCUCCCUCCCCCACUUUGCUUUUUUUAUGUGGCGAAGAUGGAUAGUUUCAAACACUUUCCCAGGCACGUCCUAAUUCAAGAUCACUUCGUAACCAAAGGCACUGAAAACGAUGGACAACACAAUAACAUAUGUUAUCUUGUCAGCCUUGGAAGAAGUGGUCUGGAUCCUCCACUGAAAUGACUUUAACCACCCUAGACACCCCUAGUCCUGGGGUGUAUUCACUAGGAACCAAACGGAAGCAAACAUAAUGAAAACGGGACAGGAACCUACCAGAAUGUGUCCAAAAUAAACUAAUUUUUCAUUGCAAAACGUUUUGUUGCACUGCGGUUUGCUACGCUGUGCACUAAUGAAUACUCCCCUAAUGCCAGUGGCUCCUGUUGUUGAAGCAGGCCACAGACCCUUUUCACUCAUCGGAAGAAGAGUGAAAUGUGCAAUAGACUUAGCCUGAAAUCCAUACCUGCUUUGUGCUAUUUUUCCACUCCUUUUACUCUGUGUCAUAUGUUUGGCAAUGACAAGGAGUGGCAUGAUUGCACAAACAGACAGGUACCCAGGCUACAAUAUACUGUAUAUUGUCCUGUAACAUCCAAUCGAUUAUAUGUAAACGCAGCUCAUAAUUGAGAUGGAACCGACCCUGCACUGACUAAUGGUUGGUGAAUCCCUUGCUCUCUCGCACUCUAUCCUGUCCUCUUAUCUUCUUCUUUAGAAAGGGAGCAGUGGACGUACCACCAGCCAUCACCAAGCUAUCCCAGAGAAUAUCUCAUACAUAUCCCCUCCUUCUUUAUCCGUCCGUCCUUGUAACCCCAUCUCUUUAUCUCACAACAACCACACACACACACACACACACCUUCUGGCAGAACACUAGACAUACAGUUAAGACUGCAACUCACAGAUGACCUGAUCCUACAGCCAUUAUAUUUAGAGAAUUGGAACAGUGACGUUUCUGCAUUAUGAUGUAUUUACACGACACCUCAACGUUCUAUGGCAGCCAUGUUAGCUCCCCAUUAAACAUUACAUAUGGAAUAUUUAAACAAAGCUAUUCAACUGAAUGUGUAGGAUUAGAACAAUAUUCAGAAUUCUAAAUCUGUGGCUUUGUUUACCCGCUCCGGAUGAUAGUCUACUACUUCAUGAUGUAGAGGUGAAUGUAUACAUUGAUGAAAACCUUAAUGUAAAGCACUUUUUUAAAAAUGUUUAGGUCCAUUCUAGAGGGUCAGUGUUUUUAAACCCCCCCCCCCCCCACGGAAGAAAAUGGGGUGGGACUACGUGAACUUGUCCAAUAAGAAACUUGUUCGCAACGGCGCGUGCCACUAAUGAAUACACCACUGAUGCAAACUAGCUGCAGAUCACUAAUGGCACAUAGACAGGCAUUGUAAUCUGUCAUACUUCUGAGCUGACCAGACAUAAAUAAAAAAAAACAGUACGGUUAAUUUAACGUGUGCAUUAAAAAACCCAUACAAUAAAACUGCACUGCGUCACUGCUGUGACAUCAGAUCGUCCCUUAUUUUGCUUGGUCUCUUGGAUGCCACUCAGUAAAACACUUAGUGCUAUUUACAAUACUAAUUUCAAAACACUUUUUUUUAAAACAGUCGGGCUUCAUAAUAUUUUCAGAAGUUAGAGAAGCUUUUAAAAACUGUAGCAACCAAAUUACUACUUAUUUGUUGAAGUAUCGUCAACCACUCCUUAUGUAAACGUUGUACUAGUUAGUACAGUCCUUGGUGAAACUUCGUCAUAAUAACAACACUAUGAAAUACAUUUAUAGCCUACUGUUGUAGCAGUGAUUUCAUUGUGUGCCGAAUAUUUAAACCAUUACCAAGAUAAUAAUAAUAAUAAUAAUAAUAUGCCAUUUAGCAGACGCUUUUAUCCAAAGCGAAUUACAGUCAU